GCCGCGCCGGCGCAGAGCGAGGCCGAGCAGGCUGCGCUGGCCGCGCUGGUGCAGAGCGGGGAGGAGGAGGAGGAGCAGGACGAGGGCGACGAGGGCGCGGAGGACGCCGCCGCCGGGACCACCCUGCCCGCGCCGGCGCGCGCGCCCGUCGCCCGGGCCGCGGCCCGGGCCGCGCCCGCGGGCGGGCAGUCCCUCCUCUCCGACGAGGACAUGUACAACGUGCCGUCCUCGUACACCCCGUGGGUGCCCAAGAGCGCCGGCUACGACAAGCCCAUGCAGCAGCGCUGGCAGCAGGCCGUGGCCGAGGCGCUCAACUUCAUGCAGCUGGGCUGGACCGCGACCGCGCACAGCAUGUUCACCGGGAAGACGCCCCGCCAGCUCAACCGCUUCGCCGGCACGCGGCGGGUGCUCGACUGGGAAGAGCGUGCGCCCUGCAGGGCUGUACCGUCAAGCCGGGCACGUCCCUUCACAG